AUGAAUUCAACCCAUUUUGCAUUUGCCGUCCCGAAAGUCAACGAUAGCUGCACCAAUGGAGACGCCCUAAUAUCAGAAAAGUCGAACGGAUUACCUCCAAAACCGUUAAGUGCGCGGGAUGUGGAGAUGGUCAGACUCAUAGGGCAGUAUUUGUGUGAUAAAGGAUAUAGGUUUUUCAUAUUCACUUUUACCUAAAAGUUCGAUUCAGUUCCUCUUAUAUCCAGCUGGCGAAAGAUUCGGGCAUUACUUUAGAGCCGCAGGCGGCGACUGAUUUACGAUCAGCCAUUCUUGCAGGAAAAUGGGAGGAUGUAAGUUAAAUUAUUUAAACUUCCUGCGCUUUGCUUCUGAAAGUCAACGUUUAAAAAUGUUUGUCUAGAAAGCCCGUACAUAUCCUAAUUCAACACGCAUUACGUAUUUAUUGUGCACCGGAGCCUGGUCUUGUCGACUUGUUUAUUCGACAGGGCACUUUUAAAAGCUGGAUAUUUCACUCUGCAACUUAGGAUUUUGCCAUGCCUCUUUCGCUUAACCCACUCGCUAAGAAAGGUAGGAUGUUCGGGUGCAGUUUGCCCCUCAAAAUAUCAGACCCCUGAGAAGUUAUUAUUUCUCACCGCCUUCUUUUAACAUUUGUUGACAAUAAAUUCAUACGAAUAUAUCCACUGGCAAUGUCCAAACUGCAAGUCUUUUGUCUGUGACCCGAGGUUUUACUUCGACUCUUAACUGCAGCACCUGUAUUUGUUUGCCGUCUGCCUGUUCGACAAGCCUCCCUCUUGUUCAGUCUAUAUCACUUGUCGAUCAUGCGAUUGCGGUCCCUAAGUUGCCCUGCUGCAGUGCAACACUGCAGGUUUCAAGGCCGCCAGCGCCACCCUUAUUCAGUAUGCGUGUGCAGAAGUAAUCGUAUUUGUGCCAUUACUUAUCCAGACUAAGUGUUCAUAAUCAAGGGUAUUUUAAAUAACUGAAGAUGCGGUCGCAGAAACAAGAAGUUUAUUUGCUUGACGUUUCGGAUUUUCUCUCGAGCUCACCAUCAGAUACAAUCACAGAAAAGGGUAGCAAAGGCACAAAAGUGCGGUAUUUGUAAGACACAUCUGCCCAACAACAACAUUCCCACAUAUUUAACAACACUCGUGUUCAUGGCUGAAGAUCGUAUUUGUGCGAUGAUUGCUUGCCGGUUUGUACCCGAAUUGUUAAUUUCCGUGAUCUUAUCACCGUUGUCGAUUCUUCGCGUAACGAUUGCUCGACAAUUUGACUUCCUGUCACCGGAACUGUUGACCGCCUGCCCCCGUCUCCGCGUAACUAGUUAUUUUUGCCGAGGCAAAAUCGCAGCACAGAAUGUGGAGGUGGAAGGUCAUUGCGCUUGUUAAUUGAAUGCGAGACGGUGAACCAUGAUUAAAGUAGCUCGCGGCUCACGUGGCUGUCACCCCUUGCAAGAAUUUCGGCUUCGCCAAACUUGAAGGUGUGACAAGGACCCGUCGAAUGAGACACGAUCUGGGAGCUGACGUCAUUCCCCAUUAUUAUUAUUAUUAUUAUUAUUAUUAUUAUUACAACAUGUGUGAUCACUCAUUCCCCUAUACUUCGUCAGCUUGGGUUUUAGUAUUUGUCGUAACUGCGCAGGCGCCUAUCGCAAAUUCUGGUGUGAUCAUCUUCGUCGUAUAAGAGUUUUUCUGCAGACCUUUCAUCUGUCUUCGCCUUUAUCUGGGACAGGAUGCAGCAUUCCUUCAAGGGAGCUCACCAACAGUGCAAAAACGUCGGUAAAAUCGAGAUCCGUAAUGAGAGGAUCACAACCUAUAAUAUCAUCACAAUGGUCUGCCAGCAUGUGCUGAAGAAUCCGGUCCACCAUGGGGGUGAACAGCGGUAGUGUGGAGACAAUAUUAACGGACUUAAAGGUAGCAUCAUAAACAUCACCCCUCACCAUCCAUUUCUCAGCCUGUCCUGUAGUAUAAGACUUAAACUUAUCGAACUAUGUCGGAUGGCAUGCCGCCAUUUGUCAUGGUCGAUCACAGGUACUGUCGAUGUAGGGGAACCACCCACGAAAUAGACCAUAGUAGGCUGUUGGUAGCAGUGGCGCUGCUUGGCUUUCUGACAAAACUAAACAGGCUAGCCAAUACCUUCCCACCAGUAUCAGGAGGUUCACAUACUCUUACUUAUGCGGGCGUCGUGGUACGACCAAAACCAUCUGGAGGUACGAGGACCUUGUGUUGAUGUCCGGGAUACUUGUCACGAUAGUUUUUAUGCGUUUACGUGACACAGCAUUGUUGUUUUGCAAAUAAGUCGACGUUAAACGUCACGGCCGACUAAUCAGAUCCGUGCGCAUUAGUGCUUUCGCUCACAAGCACGCGUUUAGCCAACACAGCAUUUGCACUGUUAUAACUGCAAACUAGUGUCCUUGUGUGCCUUCCCACCUUAGGCCGAAAAAGCUGUCAAAGAACUAGCACCAAUAAUCGAUAAUCCAGCCAAUCUAGCAGAAAUCCACUUUCUUCUGCUGGAACAACAAUUCCUCGAGUUGGCUGAAGCUGAUGAUGCAAUGGCAGCCUUAAUGCUCCUCCGCGGCCGAAUUACCCCGCUGCAGAGAAACGCUGAAAGGCUCGCUGUCCUAACACGGUAAGAACCAUAUUAAAUUCCGUUACUUUAUAUGCAUGUGAGUUAUUUAAGGGUGAACUAACCGAAUGGGAAAAGUCAUCAUUAUCUGGCAUGCUCUCACCAUGUUGCAUUUUGCUUGACACGUAGAUCUUCAUUGACAGCCGAGAGUUUGAAUCGGACCGCCGUUUCAACAUGGUCUGCGUCACCCCAACCCUCUGACCGUGACAAUAAUGUACUACCAUCGUUGCUGUAGCGUGAAAUCUCCGCCGGAUACGCGUCGCACUCAUGUACGGCACCAGUUACGUGCUCGUAGACUUGACGUAGUUCGACUACCAAGGGCCUUGAGUCAGUGUAGUCCCGCUUUGGUCGUGCUCACCAUACUCCCCACAUCUCCCCGUUCCCUGAGUUGAUCAUCACGACAGUUAUGGCAUCGACAUAGCACGGGAGCCAAGAACCAUCACGUCACCCCCGAAAAUACCCUUGUGCCGACGGCACAUGCGGCUAGACCGCCUUUGAUGGCACCCUGCUGUCGUCAACCAGAGAUAUCGGCUUUAUGUGGACCAACACAUUCCAGAUACGUCUAGUCGAGGUCGCGGUGUGCGUCGAAGGCAUGAGCUAUCGUAUUGUUUGUUAUUGCAGAUUAGCGGAAAGAAAAUUCCAUCCUUUGCAGACGUAAGCGAAGUGUCCUUGACUGCAUUUCUGUACUUUCUUGCUUUUUCCAUCUAUUAGGUGAUCGUGCGAAAUUUCAGCUGCUUCCGCCACCUCUUGUCUCACAUAAGCCUUACACACUUUUUUCCAGGUGUCUUAUGUGCCGAACCCCAGAGGAGGUGCGUGCAGAGGCGGGCGGUUGGAGCGGGGCGCACGGUGGCAGUCGAUCAGCACUUGUGAACAACAUUCAGCGUUAUGUGCCUGCCCAGACCAUGCUUCCACCGACACGACUGGAGACCUUGGUCACAGAGGCCGUUCGCGCCCAACUCAAUGCUUGCACCUUCCACAAUCAGCCCAUAGCCUGGCCUGACGCCCUAAACUCAAUCUCUCUUCUCCAACCCCACUCUUGUAGCAUGUAAGUGCCUGAGUAGGAUUCAGGCAGUUACCAUUUAAACUGUUCAAUGUUGAUUUUGCUGACAAAUUUGGGGGACUGAAGGCGAACUCGUCUCGGCACGUGCUGAAUGCGAGUGCCUUUAAAGGUGUCUAGAUCUUUAAUAUGUUCCACCCUCUGUCCGUCUCCGUCCUGAUAUAGUUUUCCUCACAUUUGAAAUUUCCUCUGACUCAACACACAUCUUUCUCGCUUGGAAAGCCUGAUUUUGCGUAUCAGCAAAAUGCCUAACCAUGUAACAGGAAAUUGUUUGCCGCGAAACGUCCAACCACUUUGGAGGCGAACAUAACCGCGGGAGUUCGGUCACGAGGACAUCCGAAUGAGAAAAAGUGGAGGUCCGCCGCUCAAUUACGCCUCACAGCAGGCUUUUUAUGGUUUCACUAUUUUUCUGAUUCCCUUCAAUUUGUUACAUGCUAUUAACCAACGACAUGCCCGAUCAAUUUACACGGAGUUUUCACUAGUGUUACGAACUCAAACAUUCGGUCAUAAUCUGGACAUAUGUGCUUCUUCCCAGUAACCUAUUUCAAUCUCGGGCGGCUUAGCUAUUGACAACGCUUUCACCGUCCGUUUGUCUAUCUGAAUCGUAGAGUUUCCUAAACAAAAAACUGUUUAGGUAUAAUAUACCCAGCGACUCGUGUACAAGCGUUCUACACUUAUCAAUUUGCCGGUUGUCUGGUUUAAAUUGAAUCAUCUUGACGGAUGCGACUUAAGCCAGUAUGACUGCCGCGCUCUCCAGUGGCGAUGUUUCUCACCACCAAAAUAACUAGGUCGUACGUACAUAUGAUGGUAAUUAUAAUGAACGGCAAUGGACAGGCGUUGUGAAUAAUAAGACUAGUGAUAAUUAGGGGAAGAUAUCGCCACAUAAGCUUAUAAAAAAGCAGUCAACCAGGUUGUAAAGUUAAGGCAAUCCACAUAGUAUGGGAAGACGGGUUGCCCGUUAGCCCAGCUGCUGGCUACCCGGCGCGUUCACAGGUGGCGGAUAGUGGGACGACCUUCAGUGAUGGUUAUCUGCGAAAUAAGCAGUCCCACGUCGGACAAAUAAGCAGUCGCGAACAAGCAGCGACGUUGCUACCAGGGUGCAGUGGGCCGAGGUCUGGCACACUGAGAGCCUUAUAAAAAAGCCGCAAAGCCCGAUGACGGCAUUGUGACAUGGCGACGGUAAACCGUCAUUAAAUAAGUUGGCUUGUCACCGCUGCCUUGUGGUUAGGCUUUUAAGCCAAAGCACUAGAGGAGGCAACCUCGAGCAAACAAUCCAAGCGGCGGUUGGGUCCCGCCUGUAUUCGAAAUUCCCAAGAAACCGCAUGAAAUAUGUCCGACCACAGUAUUACGACCCAUGCUACGGCGUCCGCGGGAACCGACGCGCUCCGCAAUCCUGGUCCAGCGGUGCGGGCGAAUAGUAUGCGAGCUGGACUACUCAAUCGGGGACGGACUCUUGGUAUUGGGUGCUAGGAUGUGCGAACGUUCCUAGACCCAGGUACCCAAAGUCUGACCGCGCGCAGCCUUGAUCAGUACAACGUGGAUGUCUGCUCUGUCUGUCAGAGGUUCGACUCCCUGACUCAUGCUCCCGCGAAAUAAAGAUCCCUGGGGUCGAAUCACACUUUAAUCUGUACCACUGCGCCCCGCGCGACUAUUCUGGUCGACGCGAUGUGUCGAUCGCCAUAUCGCAACAAGCGGACCUCGCGCUACUUACUUGGGAACCAGUCAAUGACCGGAUGGCUUACGGGCGCACUUCGCGAACAUCUCAAUCGUUUCUGCGUAGGCACCAACUUCGGCUGCCAAACAGUGCGAUAAAUAGGCGUUUUACUCUCAGUUGCAAGCCUUAAUUGGACGACUCCCUCGCCGCGAUAUACUGAUUGUCGCCGGGGAUUGGAAUGGUCGAACUGGACUUGGCGACCCCACAACUAGUCAUCUUCUUGGCCUCUUUGGACUUGCUUCCCCAUGUGAAAAUGUUGAGAGACUUCUGAACUUCGCUGAUCGAAACCGACUGCUUGUCACCAACACUUGUUUCCAGCGUCGGAAAAAACAUUGCUGACCUAGUACUCAAACGACGGCCAAACGGCCAGUCAGAUUGAUUACACACUAGUCAACUCAAGGUUCCGCAGCUGGGUUCACGAUAGCAGAUCGAUGCGUGGUGCCGAGACUGGUAACGCCCCUGGGUCUGACCAUGUCCUCGUUCGUACACGCUUGGAAGUUCACCUCUCAUCCGCGCCAAAAUUUCCACGUCCUACACGCCUUGAUGUCGCGAAAAUCCGGCAAACCAGCACUGCUGAGGCCCUGAGCUGAGAAAUCCAGACCUGUUUUACGACCCGAGCCGACGGAGAAGGCAGUAACCAAUGGUCGUCACUGAAGACAUCAGUCUAUGGGGCAGCUGAGAAAAUCCUUGCAUACACCCAGCGACGCCGCAGUGACUGAAUCAGCGGAAGAACCCUGCAGUUGUCUGCUCAGACGGCUAGGGCCAGGUCCCGCAACGAUGACUACUUCCGCCAACUUCGGAAGAUGACGGCAAAAUUGGCCAGGGAUGACCAGCAGCAAUAUUGGGCUGAACUAGCGACCUCCAUGGAAUAGGUCUCGAACGUUGGUGACAUUCGAAAACUCGACCAACUGCUCCGCCAAGUUAACGGUAAGCCCUAUACACCCAGUGACUCUGUUCGCGACGUGAAUGGCGGUUUUAUUGUUGGCAACUCGGCCAAUGUCGAGCGCUGGCAUGAGCACUUCGAGCACCAUCUCAACUUCAAUACCCAACCCACUACGCCCUUGCUCUCCUCUUCAGCGGAGUUUCUCCCCUCUCCCACUUAAGCAGUGCCAUGCAAUUUCCCCUCUGACGGAGUAGUCGUCGAUGCCAUACGAAAGCUAAGCAACAAUAAGGCACCCUGAGAGGACGGUAUACCCGCUGAAAUCUACAAGUCUUUUGUCGACACUGGCGCCCUGGAUCCAUGAGGUGAUUGAACGAGCGUGAAGAGACGAGGUUGUUCUUGAUGACUGGGACUUAGGCACCCUUGUAAGUAUCCUCAAGAAGGGAGCUAAGAUAAGAUGCGAGAACUACCGCGGCAUAAGCCUCAUGGACGUUGCUGCGAAUAUCUUCGCUAUUGUCCUACGCAGGCGAUUCCAGGCUGUGCGUGACUCAAGGACGAGGCCCAACCAAGCCGGAUUUCGUGCUGGACGUGGAUUCGCAGACCAGAUAUUCACAUUGAGGCGCAUUAUCGAAUUUCGCCAUAACCACCGACGGCCGUCUGCUUCAUUGACUUUGCCGCCGCGUUCGAUUGCGUGCAUCGUAAGUCCCUGUGGCGGGUAAUGGCACUAGGUGGUGCACCGGAAAAAAUCCUCGUCAUGAUCAAGGCCUAUUAUCGCUCCACUAUUGCGAGAGUCCUGGUCCGCAACAAUCUUAUCCAACCGUUCAGUAUUCGGUCUGGCGUUGGACAAUGUUGUAUCCUGUCGCCCAUUCUGUUCAACCACACUAUUGAUUGGAUUCUCGGGAAGGCCGUACACGAAGGUGACGGUGUUGAGUUUGCACCCGGACACUGACUGACUGAUCUCGACUAUGCCGAUGAUAUCGCCUUACUUGCUUCAACUUUUGGUGAUCUGCAGUCUGUGGUGCCACGGGUGAAGGAGGUCGCUAAAUCAGUCGGUUUAUCCAUAAGCGCUGUGAAGACUAAAGUGUUUUCAAGCUUCAUCCCUGACCAGGAGAAGGCACCCCUCCGGAUUGAUGGCUGUCAACUUGAAGAAGUAGGCGGUUUUAAAUACCUCGGAGCGAGACUGCUGCCUAAUGCACAGGGUAAGGAUGACAUUGUCUCAUGAAUUGAUGAUACCCGCUGGGUUUUCUCAAGCCUUCGAAAGUGCCUAUGGAUCCGACGCGACCUCUCCAUCGCCACUAAGAUUCGGGUGCACCGUAUAUCUGUCCGGUCUGUCCAUCUCUACGGUUGUGAAUGCUGGGCUGUGCGCGUAGAGGACGAGCGAAAACUGGAGGUAUUUGAUCACCACUACUUGAGGACCUUCCUUCGAGUGAAGUUCACCGACUUCGUCUCAAAUGAGACAGUCCGCGCUCGCUGUGACAACAUAGCAAGGAUAACCCAGGCCAUUCAAGAAAGACGACUGAAAUGAUUUGGACAUGUUCUUCGUCGUCCACCCCAGGAGCUCAAUGUUGCUGCGGUCGAUCCGGCCUCGUUGCCUCUUUGGAGGCGCCGAAAAGGGAGUCAGCUCAAAACCUGGCUCGCUACAGUUCUUGGACCUUCGGUAUUCGGUCUCCGUCGUUGGCGGAGAGAAUGGAUUUAGCUGUCCAGAAUUGCUGCCGCGGAUCGUCACGCAUGACGAGGUAAAGUUCGUGACAUCAUCGAGGCCGGCUAGAUCAGGCAUGAUCGCAGCCAUGCCAAGUACAAGUAAGUUGUAUCGUACGGACGGUGCAAGAUAUGACCGUGAUAUUUAUGUUGUAGUUCUGAUGUAGUUCCCGAAGUAUAGGCGAUGUCGAUUAAUCAGAAAAGCCAUGGACCUGAUUGUGGAUGACAGUCAGGUGGAAAUCUGCUGCGCGUGCAAGUUUAAUGAAGGAGAGUCGGGCCGGGCCACCUUGGCAACUGAAUACUAUACCCACGGUGCAUUUCAGAGACGAGCGAGUUUCGUAAAAACGAUCGGUGAUGGCCCCUCUACCAUUGUCUAUUCCCGAUCGCAACCAACAACAACAAGCCCGUGAUUCAGUGGUUAGAGACGUUAGGCUUCUAACCAACAGGCCGCGGAAUCGAGCCCCAGAUGUCCCACACUUCGGGGUUGUGUAUGACUGGCUAACGACAGCUAAUAAUCCAGAAAUAGCCAUUCCAGUCUCCCCCGGUUUUGUCGGUAAUGUUAUUCUGUCUAUAUUACGCACAGCUGUGGCGCUGCUGGUCUGGCUCGAGAGAGAGCCCUAAGGCACAACGGGACAAGUUCCAUAACACGAUCGGUGAGCGCCCCUCUACCAUGGUAGUGAAGUUGUUAGCCGUAUUAGAAAUCGUGACGCUGAUGGCCAGCAGUUCACUGCUGGCCGCUAAAUUCGCCAGAUCGGUAACAUCGGGAAGGUCGACCACGAGCGUCAUCAACUAGUUCAGAUGCGUUAUGAGGAAGGUACAGCUUUACAGAUAUCGUUACUUCGGAGGACGUGUUAGGUCAACUCGAUUCACAAAUGCCUUUAAAGGUAGUUUGAAUCCAACAAAGAAGAAUUCAUCUUUUGGAUUAAGUCCAAGUCCACGUGAUCUGUUUAUUUUUAAUAUCCAUUUCACAGAAAUAAAAAGCAAGUGUUGUGCCACAACUCCAGUGAGAUUACACAAAAGCCAUGGGGACAUAUAACGUCUAGAAUACACUAGAUUUGUUUAGAUCCACAGCGGACUAAAGCACAUCAAUUCACAUAUUCAAAAUAAUUAAUUUUUUACCCAACGAAGCCCAGAAUGGUUCAUUUCCGUCAGUGGACAAUAUUCUCUAAAAGUCAAACGGCUUGCGGCUCUUGCGGUCGUCACCCCUAGCAAGGAUUUCGGCCACGUCGAAUUCGAAUGUGUGGCCGGAUCUCGUCGAAUGGGCCUCAACUUAAGAGCUGGCGUUAUUUCUCCGCACUACUGCCGCGUAUUCGACCAUUCGCGUUCGGAGCAGUCUUUCGGUUUCUCUGAAGUAGUCGCUUUCUCUGCAACUGCACCAGUUCCGAUAAAGGACUCCAGACGUUUCUUGCUAUGAGAGUGGGCCCCUCGGUUUGUGUAAAACUGCAACUCCGAGUGGUGCGAGAAGGCAGCCAAUGGCUUCCCAAAUGUUCUUGACAUACGGAGGCUUACGCCAAAAUUUGGGGUCCGUGCGAUUUGGCCUUUCUUCCUGUUUGCGUAUGCACCUGUUGACGAAGUUGCGCGUGUAGCCAUUGUCUUUGAAUGUCCUUAUCAUUUUCGCCUUAUGACCUAGUUUUCAACAGACUAUUGCCCAUUAUGUCGUACUUCACGCUCAACUUUUUGCCUCUUCUUUAGUCAAGAGUUUCCAGUCUUCCCUGUGCAGACGAUAGACCACCGAGAUACGGACCUUUGGUUCUGUCAGUUCAGUCCAGAUGGGACCCACCUUGCCACCGGUGGCAAGGACGCCAAUGUUGACGUAUGGCGGGUGGAUGUUCAGACACACACCAUUGUCUCCAGCCGCACCCUGUCAACAAGCAGCAGCUACAUCGGACAUCUCUGCUGGUCGCCGAACUCUAAAAAGUUUGUCCGCCUUUCCUCUAAGCCCUUCUGGUGGGCCAUUUCCACUCAUACUUGUUUUUUUUUCAUGAUGGUAGUUAUUAGGAUUUUUCCGAAUUCUUUGGGAUAAUGUCUGUUCUGACAUGUGUUUCGCCAGUUUUAUGCGACUGCGCUAAACAGACGCGAGUUCUGCUGCACACAGUGUACCCUUGCAUUUUUGUGUGUUUUCUGAUAAUAGUUUAAUUUCGAAACCUGUCUUUGCAAUGCCCUCAAAUUUCUUGAGUGAGGCCUUCGGAGCAAAGCCUUCUUGUUUUGGCCGGCCGGCCUAACGGUUAAUAGUAUAGAAGACGAAGAUGCGAUCACUGGAACAAGAAAUUUAUUGGCCUGACGUUAAUAUUAUUAUUUGUCAGCUAUGAAUCACUUGCAAAAAUACUGCAGAUACUUCGUAGGGCUCAGAGGAAUAUUUUGCCUAUUUCCUUCGUGUCUGCGUGAGUUUGCUGCGAGCUCGACUCCUCACCAUGUCACCCAGCGUCCCUCGAGUGAUUUUUUGAUAUUGCUCCGGUUGUCGUUGAUGAUCCAAACGCAUUUGGAAUAAUGCUCUGAGGUGGAAUUGCUGACCACAACACACUUCUUGCUGCAGUUUUUAGCAGUGCACUCCUUCUGGUGUGCCAGACCUUCUACCCAUGCGUCACAUCGUGCAUGUGAACACUACAUGUUCCUACCCUCGUCAGAGCCAGCACUUUACCACGUCGCUCAGUCGAUUCCGUAGGCGCCUUUGAUUCUCGGCUAUGGACUGUCUUCUAACCUGUCACCAACAACUUCCCCGUGAAUAAGUAACCCCCUUUUACGCCAGUCGCCCCAUUGAACCUGCAUCCCCACCCUCAGCUUGUUUCCUAGACUUCAUUUUUGUUUCUGCAUGUGUUCACUAGCAACGCGACAGAUCGUCGACUUUGAAAUGGUGCAAAAGGCCCGUGCCUUCGAAAUAUGGUCUAGUCUUGAAGAAGGAGAAACGAUCGCUGGAAAAAGAGCUUUAUUAGCCUGACGUUUUGGGUUCCUGCUUGAACCCAUCAUCAGAGACAGUCUAGUAAAAUGACUUCAACUCUAAAUUCCUUAGCCUUUCCAUAUUGUGAUUAUGCCACUGGUUUCGAAUUUUUUCUUUCAGACCCCUUGUAGUUUCUUUGCGGAGCUUCGCAAACUCAUCGACAAUAUUACUGACCUUUUGACGUUAUUCAAGUUUUCCGGAAUUAUGCCGUCUUUUUCAUGGGUGAUUAUAGUAGUUGCAUAAUAGAGCAUGCUUGUUCGAAGGGCGUCUUAUUCAAAUACUCAGGAUCUCUAUCGGUGCAUAUUCUAUGGUGAGACGACGCUGGGUAAAUUUGUUCUAUAUCUGCGAUUAUGCCCAGUUAGCCAAAGGCAACAGCGGGUGGUUGUCAAUAAUUCAUCAGAUCGAUGCAUCUACAUACUCAAUGGUGUGUGAUUUGUCUAUCAGAGGUGAAGGCUCAAACAGUGGGUAAUGUUUGGCUCAUUAACGGGGGCAAGCGUUGGUCCGUGAGAGUUGGAGGGAAGCGGCAGCGACGUAUAAACACUCCGAUCGGUAGAUGACGCAGGCGUCGGGCGGACAGACCUAGGGACGUCUUAUGGACAGUGGGUGAGUUUGUAACCAAAGAAAACACCCCCAAAUCGAUAGCUUGUGUGAGCGUUAGUAGGCCUGCGUUGAGCCACGCGAAACAAUAAGUCUGGACCAGAUUCAUUUGGACGCAUAAGACUGGGUUUUCUGAGCGGAUGAUCGUUGCUCUUAAUGUCGCCAGAAUAUGUCGCAGUGGCUUUUAGUGGCAAUUAGGCACCCGUUAGGUCACCUGACAAGUUUUCCCGGCAUACAUCCAAUGACCAGUACCGACAAAGUGUGCUAGGACAGAGCUGUUUUUGCCUCAGUCCCCCUUAACCAAACCCAGAGAUGUUUUCCGGCUUGCAAAAAUACCGCGACGUCCGGCUGAUGUAAUCCGUUUUACAGGAGGCACGAAAACCUGUAGACGCGGUCUGAAACAGUCGUUUGUCCUUGACUCUGAGAGAAGGGAUCGGCGCGCUCGGAAAUACCUGACUAGGAGCCAAUGAAAAACGUUUCAAAAGUUAACUUGCGCGUGAACUGGUUGAUUGUGACAGCAGACUUGCGCAGCAUCUGCCGCACUCUCGUCACCCACAUGGGUCCGAAACAAAACAGUCAAGACGACCGAAGGUGGACCUGGGCGCAGUGGCCGACAAAACUAGACAGCUCCUCUAUGCGUGUUACAAGCAACCUAGUCCCAUCAGACAAAAGUGAUGGCUCGGAUCUCGCAUGUCUGAAAAGAUCAUAAAGGUCACAUUAAGAAGGAGCCAUUAAGCCUCACUCUUCCAGCUGGCCACCCCACGGAUACAGCACUGACCACAGGGACUGAGUUGCCCGUUUAGUUGACAACCUUCCAAUAAAUGACUUGUAGCCCGCCAGAUUUAUUACAGUAAGGAGUUCGCUGAUGUACUAUAGUGAGGGGUUCCCCAGAGUCGGUCUCAAUCUCUUCACUCUCCCGCUGACUAGUCGACUGUCCGAGCCUGUCGACCAUCGGGUGCCGGGCUUAGGCGUAUUCUUCCUACCGGAUAGACCACACCAGAUUUUUAAAAUGCGUCAGUCCGGCAAUCCUCCUUUUUUAGCCAUGUUUCUCAACUAGACCAGUUCGGUCUUAUCAGAAUGCGUUCCGGCGCUACAUUGGGGAUGUUUGCUGUGACAGAAGACAGGAAAAGUACCUGAUGAGGACUGCUUUUUCAACGUAAAUCAGCAACUGUUCUCGAGUUGCUUCACUUUAUUAAUUAACGGUAAUCUCGCUAAGAUCAGCUUAACAGAAGAAUUUAUGUAGGCAAGCCACAUUCACUGUUUUCUGCCACCGGAACAGCGGAAUUUGGGUGUUGAGAGAUGUAAGCAUUUCUGAGUCCCAGUACGUUACACGCCUAAUAACCGCAUGCUUGCGGACGCUUCUUCUUCUCUGUCCUUCAUAUUCCUCAUCUUCCGCCUAUUCCUAUUCCUCUUCUGUUAUGUUACCUGAAAGUCACAUCACUAGCCACGGUUCCCCCUUAUCAAUACCGGCUGUCUUAGUGAACUGCUUUCAUUCUUCCAGAUUAGCCGUGUGCUGCGGGGAGCUGCACGGUCCAGUCAUAAUCUUCGACGUUGCCAACAGGCGUCAGUUGUGUAGUCAACAAGUAAAUGACGAAGACGUUUACUGCGCGGCUGCCUUCUUUGCUGACAGCCGAAAACUGGCCUUCGGUGGCAUGAAGGGCGCCUUCUAUGUCAUGGUAAGUCGUAGUUGCUAAAUGUUUUUUAAGUUUUCUGCACGCACUCUUCCCCUCCACGGACAUUUGCCAAACUUGGAGUAACCCUUAAAUAGUUCUGUCCUGCACAAGUUCUCAUUGAUUAAUUCAGAAGACAAGCAGGUGAACAGGGAUUUCUUAAGUAAUUUCUCAUGUCACUGUGCCUAUGGAGAGGUAGUGUUGUUUAAAAUAAGGGAGUCUGGGAUGGCUAUUUCUGGUUUCUUGCCGCCAUCUGUCAGCCAUACCCGGACCAUGAACAUUCAAGACUUGGACCCACACUCAGUCGAUCACUACCAAUUCUGCCAAGAGACACUGUCCUUCGGCUGCUGUUAGCGAUUUUCAGGGUCGCGUCGCAGUAGUGCUCACCAGUCUAGCAUGAUCCGUCUUAUUGUCGCUGUCGUUGGGCGAGAGAACAGCUUCCCCCAACUUCACGGACGUACCAAGUAAAACCACAAUAUGCGGUUAAGCCAUAGGCUAUCGGACAGUGGUUCCAUGGGGCAGCUUAAUUGAAGGACGAUAUCCUGUACCUCUCAGUUUCAUAGGUGGACUUCUUCAGCCAUCACUUUUGUAGAUUUUAGGGCCCCAGGAUUGUACCAGAUAGUAGGCGAUGCCUUACUUAGCGGCAGGCAACGCUCGCCGGUAACGCUUAUAUACUACCUCUUCAAAGGUAACUGGGUUGAUCGGUACCCAGCUGUACGCUGGGAUAUUACUGCCACAUUGUCUAUGGUGGUUUAUUUAGCUUGCACUGAAGGUCAUUUUACUGUCUUCCACCUGUGAACACACUGAGUGUUCGUCAGCUAGGCUAACAAACGGACUCAUGCAUCCUGCUUGCCAAAAGCUAUAGGAGGUGUUCUUACAACAUUUCAGUGAAGAACUUUUCUGCCUGUACACAGCCUAAAAGUGCUGUUAACAGUGAUUGACCAACAUUACCUUUUAUCAAUUGUGGUGUUUCUAUUUCUUUCGUUUUGAAUUACUGGAACGUAACAGACGUGCUAGUGAUCACUUGGCGAGCUUAGGUUUACUUUCGAUAGAUGCUCAUCGGACCAGUGCAUUUAUGUGGAUAUGUGUUCAUUUAGGACAUAUUUAAUUUAUUUCCUCCACACAUUCUUUGCACUUUUUCUAGGACUAAGCACGAUAUAUUUGACUACCCAAUUUUGGCGUUUGUACUAGUGUUUAGUGCAUCUUUUUAAUGUUUAAGGACACUGAAGACGAUGGUCACAUCCUGGUUACUGUUGAGGGUUACCGAGUGCAGAGUAUGGUCGCUCUCCUCACGCCACCUCCCGUCGAUAUCGCUCCCAAUUUGGCCAGCUUUACCGACAGUUCAGUUCGUGAUCUGGAGGCCUGUCGAUUUACUCUCGAUCCUACUACUCCCGGUGCUCCCGCAGCCGCUGUUGCUCCUGGCCACGGUGACUCUGUUUCGAUGACCGACUUGAGCCACAAUUCUGUUGAAGUCAUCGGCCAUGGCUUACCGUUCUCCGGCAUUGAUCAGCUCCUAGUGGCCGAUAGUCUACACAGGGUUCGCCUCUUUAAGUUUGGCUACACAACUUCGGUAGCCGCAGGUGCGGCAAGUCGCGAAUUAGAGGACCUCAAUCCCCUCAUUCAGAUCGCCAGCGUUGCGACGACGACCACACAACCCACCGCAUCUUGGGCGGCCCCCGCAUCCUCCCUGGCGGUCUCUGUCGCGGGCAGUCGUGGCCAGCGGUCGACUAUCCAACUACCUCUCUCCUCCGUUGCCGCAGUGAUGCAGGCCGCGGGCGCCCUCAUAUCUUCCUCCUCUGCUGUCGUUGCUGCAGCUGCUGUCUCCUCGGCACCCGGAGCCCCACCGACGACUGGUAGCCGACCAGCAACCUCCGCUUCCGCUGGCAGUUUGUUGGCCUUCCGUCAGACCACCUCGGACUCGGGCAUCAGCCGUCAACAUCAGCUGUUGCACACUUCCAGCUCGCCUGGCUCCGCACUGGGUGAGUUCAGAUAUUAACUGGAUUCCAUGUCCCCGAUCUAGUCUUAGGGUGAGGAGAAGGAUUCAUUUUUAACAGCGGAACAUAUUUAUUAGACGCAUAGUUCCCCGGGCAUUCUAAAAUCACUCGCGCAUAAGAAUUUUAUUCAUAUUGCACUGCCUUUUUCGACAAAAAUUUACAUGACUGAGUUGGUCGGCGCUGUCCUCUGCUGAUUGUUCAGAUUAGCGGCUUAAUCAGUCUACCUUCGGAGGAGCUAAUAGCGAGCCAACCCUUAGGCUCUGGUGGCCCUUGCCUCGAGACUAAUCUUCUCUCGGUAAGGGCUGGCGAGCCUUCCGAGCAGAAUUUUCUCCAAGACCGGUUUUGUUUGCGAAGCAACACCCUUUUAGUUUGGAUCCUUUCAACUAAAUUUUUAGGUUGGAUUAUGACAUGUUUAGGAUCUCCCCCCCCACCCCAUUUAAACUCAUGUCGUCCUUAUCACCGUAGUCCCACUUUUCGCGCUGUUGACAGUUUUUAGGUACUCAGUCGAUGUGUUAGCUUCACUAAUUCCGAAAGUCUCGUGGAUGACUUGGGCGUGCAGAAUUAGAGGAUGUCCUAUAACUCAGUGAAAUGAUGCUCAUUGGGCAUAUCAUUAUUGUGUGUCUUAAUCGGUUUUUCAAUUUUUUGGAGGUUUCAGCGGCCACAACAAUGGUAGAGGGACACUCACCGAUCGUUUCUACGGAAUUCACUCGUCCCGUUGUGCCUUACGGGCUCUCUCUCCAACCAGAAAUGGUCAUUUCAAUCACCCUUGUCUUUGUCGGUAAUACCAUUCGGCCACAGAACACCUGUCGAAAUCCAGCCGGGGUCGUGUAUCAUCUUGUUCUGUCUUAGCAUACCUCCUCAGUUAGGCAUGCGAUCCUAUGAUGCUUGGGACCCUACAAUAGGGGAAGCUGAUCCGUUCACGCUACAAAGCAAGGGUGUAAUGGCGAGUGUAUCAGUUAAGAUAUCGCCCUCGGAUCGCUAUAAUUAGGCACCCAUAUCCUCUCUCAGGUGUCAUCUGCGUGAGGAGUCACUUUUGUAACGCCAGAAAUGGCUCGGCCGCGCGCUGGGUUGUCUGCGACUUGCUCUUCAAUAAGAAGACGAAUAGUCGCCCCCUGCGUAGCUUGCCCGGUGCUAGUUGUUUAAUUUUCUCUCUAAACUUUAGCACUUUCUGGCGACGGUCGCGGUAACCCCGGUCAGGUCCGGGGUCACCUAGCUACCGCACACAGCGGUUACCCCAUUUUUGUCAGUGGCGACAGCUCAAGUGGUGGCAGUGCCGGUAGUGAAUCCAUUUUCUACAUCACCGCCUCCGGUGCGGAACUUGCAGGCUCCUCGUCAGGAAUCCCUACGAGCGCAACCAACACCUCCGCUGCUGUUGCUGCUGCAAGCACCGCCACGCUCUCCCCCUCAGUACUGGUAGCCAAUCUGCUGCAAAGUUAUCCCCGACUCUCACUCUUCCCGGAAUCCUCUACUAGCGCUUCCGCAGCAGUGACUGACGGUACUUCCAGAGUGGGCGGUGGCGGCCCGCUCGAUGCUUCCACUCAAGCUGUCACGCAGGGGACCACAGAAUCCUCAACUACUGGCACUACAACAACUUCCUUUGCUGCUGCUGUAGGUGCGGCCACCGAUGCGGCGGCUCGUAAUGCAAACCAGACCUACGGAUUGCUGCAGCACUGCACGCUCAUCAAGGAGUUACAUGCAAUUCAGUCAAUUACACUCUCUUCUUCGGGUCGCAGACUACUUGUCACUGUGCAUAAGCGCGUACGUUUCAACGAUUUCACUCCUUUCCUACUCUCAUGGAACUAAGAAACGUUUUGCUAUGCUGUAAGGUAACAAGUGUCCGGAGUUGCGACCCAUCAUACAUACACUUGUUUCGGCUCCCACUAGUGCUGGUUUACUCUUCCCUAAAGUCCGUGGCAUAAGUUGUCAAUGACCUCAGGUAUUGACGCGGGCAUGGCAUAGACGAGGUCUCCGCUAUCACCCGUCAUGUAGGUGAGCCCGUAAACCGUUGGGCGAGCAUGAGGCCGUAUUGGAGCGCUGCCAAUGUUCGCAACAUCCUAAUAACGUAUCGCCUUCUGAAUGUAUAAAUAACUGGCUUACCAGAUCGGCCUCUGUAGGCACUACUCUUCCGUGGCCCUCAAUGGCUUAUUCGUCAGGCCAGAUAACCUACUGUUUUCGCGGUAAGCCUUCGAUGUGUACCACCUCACUAUCCGCCACUUGUAAACGUGCCGGGUAACACCCAGCCCCUUAAUUCGCGUUACUUUGAAAUGCGUCUGACCUGCCCUCGGGCUAGUAAUAGGAAUUUGACAACACCGUUCAGAUAUGGGGACAAUCAAAUCCUGCCUCUAGUACCGGCAGCACUUCGGACAAUUACGCCACCAACACUACUGCAGUAGAUGUGCCAUCUCAGUAAAUGGUAGCCAGCAUUCUGGAAUUCGUUUUCGAUUCGAAAAGACUACCUAAGUGGGGUUGUAAUGUUACUUAUCGUGCAGCAUAGCCCCAAGGUAUUUCGGUAACGUCAGGAUGCCGGCUUCGGCCGUCUGCAAAACCUGCACUCUAAAAAUGACUGCUUAGACAUUAUGAGUUCCCCCAUCGUCUUUCAAUGCCCUUACAAAUUCAAACAUAUUUUACAGAGGACGCACAAAAAUAUUCUUUCGUGUAUUCGUUUGGUAGUAAAUCACGUCCUCUUCAAAUCUUGCACUUACAGAAAGCUUAUCUUUCAGCUUUUGAAAAGUCAUUAUGGGAUGUUUAAGAUCGUGAAAUGUCCAUUCAUAAAGCAUAGUAUCUGUACAUUUAUUAAUACUGCUUUUGAAGUUUACAACACGGUCUACACUCAUUGCAAAAUUUCAGGGGCCCUGUAUGACGUCUUCUUAAUAGCGUAUAAAAAUACAUCGCAUAAAUACAUCGUAUAAAAAUACAUAUGCAGCUUGUGUUUUAGGAACUCUGAGUGCACGUUUAGCGGCAAGUUGGGUUCAAAAUUAUUUGGAAAUUGCAAGAGCUUUUUAAGGCCAAAAACACCCUUUAUUUACGUACAAAAUUUGAAGAAGACGUGAUUUUCUAUCAAAUGAGUACAGAAAAUACUUUCAUGCAUGUUUUCUACAAAAUAUAUUUAAAUUUAUAAGAGCAUCGAAAAUAAAUGGGGAAAAUAAGGGUGUUGAAGUGGCAUUUUUUGCAGUGUAUGUGUUGCAGACGUCCGGAAAAGAGCUCGUUCAAAAGCCGGCAUCCUGACGUGACCGAAAUAUCUUGAGAUUAUGCUGCACGAUAUCUAAUCUUACAGCCUCACUGGGGCAAUUUUUUCAAAUCGAAAACGCAUUUCACAAUUCCGAUCAAUAUUACAUGAGAUGGCACAUCUACUAUACUUCUACUGCCGCCACCACCGUCAUCAUUCACCUACGGGUCUUUCGAAGGUAUUGUCAACGAAGACGCAUCUUUUCACACCUGUGCUCUCCGUGUGGUAAGCAUACUAACCAAUAAGUUACUGGAGAUUACUGCUACCCUGUCACAUUCUUCUGCAGAGACGAACGAAUUGUUAACGCGCGGAAUCGUCCUUGUGAGCCGUGGGUACCCAAUUUUGUUUCACUGAGAUUACUGAUAUAAAGAAUUACAAUCUCUUGCCAGAUGCCGAUAGUUACCUGUCUCAAAAGUUCCUGCAUUCGGUGCUGACUUGAUUUUUAAGAAGGUGUAGAUCCCAUGCAAGUGAAACGGUCUUUUACUUUAUGCUUCACAUUAGAUUGGAUCAGAGUUAUAAGUGGCUUUUUCUUUCGUAUUAAUCAGAAUAACUUGUGUCGACUUUAACUAAACAGAUCAAUUUGCCGUACUGACAACAUGGCUACUUAGUAAAAGCCCAUAUACGUUUUUCGUUGAUUUUGUGCCGCUGCUUGACGCAGCUGUGAGGAGUUGGGCUCAUCAGUAGGUCCCGCAGCGUUCUCCAUGUGUUACGCACCCUAAUUUCCCCACAAAUGAGUAUAUGCACUUAGCGUAAUUUCUAACUUUAGAAACAUCAGAAAUUCUAGUACAGACCACAAGGCACGUGGCAAAUACUGGGGGACUUGCAGAUGAGCCGAUAUUGCUUGUACUUGUCCGGUUCAACCAGCUUCGGCAAUGUCGCGAAUCGUACCAUCCCACGCGUGACGACCCGCGGCAGCGGAUUUGAAGAGCUCAACCCAUUCCCCCAGUAAUGAAGACCGAAUACAGAUAGUCCAGAAACCAGCUCUGUGUCUUGAAGUGGGUUGAGCCAGCUUUCCGGUUCGAUCCCUCUUCGACACCUCCACGUGGGCAGCGGUGCCGGAUCGAGGACAUCAACACGGAGCUCAUGGGGCGGACAACGAAGGAUGCGUCCUGAGUUGUAUUUCUUCGGCGGCACUGGAUAUCUGUGCAAUGAUGUCGCAACGAGUGCGAACUGCCUCCUUUCAGUCAAAAUCGAUGUACUUUACUCGAAAGAUGCGCCUCAGUCAGCGGUGGUCAAACCUCCAGUUUUCGUCCAACUUCCAUGCCCACAACCUAGCCUUCACAACCGUACAAAAGGACUGAUCAGACGAAUGCAUGGUACACGCAAAUCUUCAUGGCGAUGGAUAUGCCGCUCCGAGUUGUGAAGAUCUUACGAACAACAUUUAUUCGGGAGACAACAUAGUCUUCACUCGGUCCAUUGGGCAGCGACCUCGCUCCGAGAUACUUAGAACUAUUUACCAGUUGACCAUUUUCCAGUUGACAGCCAUUAAUGCCGAGUGAUGCCUUCUCUUGGCCAGGGCUACAGUUCGAAAACACUUUGGUCUCCCCGGUGUUUAUGGAUACACAGACUGAUUUAGCGACUUCAUUUACCCACGACACCACAGAUUUGGGGGUUAAGAAUGAAUUUGCAGUUGGGGGCAGCAGACAUGCAGGAAUGGAAGGUAAGCACGAUAGACAGAUGCAGGGGAGAGGUCACGAUGGAGCAGAGUUAGAGAGGUUGUGCAGGGAGGAGAAGACCUUGUGAUGAAGGGUCAGCAGAGACCGGUGGAGAUGCCACAGAGAACAGUGCCGUCGGCAGUAGUCAGAUUGGUGGCCUGGAAUUGAAAUUCGAAAAUAUCCUCGUCACAGGGUAACCAACACGACGUUGUUUGGCAGCCAUUUCAAUGAGGUCGAUCUCGGAAGAGAGCUGAAGGUGAGCGAUUGGAGGUCUGGACAGCGUGUCAAUCACUUCAUUCGGGGACCCGUUUAUGUGACGGGUAUCUGAGGCGAAUUGGGAGGUAUUGCCCAAUUGGCGAAUCUCCCGGGGCUUGGGCUUGUCGGAGUUUAACUUGAAAACGAGGGAAAGGGCUUUUUAUCCAUGAAUACAGUGAAAUCGCUGCCCUCAAGAAAGGACCGGUAGUUUUUCACAGCUAGGUAGACAGCGGGAAGCUCCCAUCCAAAUAUGCUAUGGCGCGAUUUGACGAAUGAUUACUUCCAGGAGAAGAAAGGUAGUGGUCGAGUCUGACCUGCGAGGUGCCGCUGAAAAACCUCACGGAUUGCGACAUUUGAGGCAUAAACCGUUAGAGAGAUAGGUGUGUCGGCGGCAGAAUGGGUCAGGCGGUGACUUCGGUCAGGGCGGCCUUCACUUUGUCAAAAGCAUUGCGGUCGUCUGCGGAGAACCGGAACGAACUUUUGGGACGCGAGAGGGGGGUCGUGAGCGGCAGAAUAGUGUCGGCGCAGUUCUUGACGAACCGUGGACAAAGAGUAGAGCAUGGAGAACUCAGUACGAACCUCUGGAACGUUUGGAAAGCGUUGCGGAGUCCAAACGCCAUACGGAGAAAAUCAAAGAGCUCAUGGGCCGUGGUGACAGCCGUCUUCGAAACGUCAUCCAGAGCAGUUUGAAUUUGGUGGAAUCCCCGGGCCACCACCUGUCGAAUAAGGCACCCACAACAUUCCUUGGAUACGGGACAGGAUAGCGGUUCGAAAUGGGGACGUUGUUCAAGGCCCAAUAGUCGCCACAGAGGCCAGUCACCGGUCGCAGCCUUUGGGACCACAUGGAGAGGCGAGAGCCAAGAGUUUUCAGGUUGACGGAUGAUGCCUAUCUGAAGCAUUUACACAAACUGGGCCUUGCGGACGGCCAGAGGUGUAGACGAGAGGCAACGCGACCGAGAAAACAUAAGAACCGGUGGUUUGGAUAUGAUGAAAAACGUCGUGUGAUGGAAUAGAGUCGCAAAAAUCGGGGCGGGUGAGGCCGAGGUGUUUUGCAAGGAGCUGUCGAAAUGCUUUGCCUGAGUCGGUCCAGGAUGGAAAGUUGAUGGACAGCCCAGAGAAGGGGGCUCCCUGGACGGUGGGAUUGGUGGUUUGGUCUUGUAGACGGGACGAACGGCAGUCAACUAGAAGAUCGAAGGAGGCGAGGAAAUCUGCGUCAUGAAUGGCACACGGUGGAGUUUUCAAGUAUCACCGAUGUUUGAGGCUUGCUCCACGGAGGUCGCUAUUUGAGUCCGUUAGUUUUUGCGAUCAUCUCUAGCGAACCCUGUCAUAAUUUCCUGGAAUUGGCGGGAAGACUCAUGGUUGCAGGACCUGACUGGGACUGUUUUGACGGACAACUGCAAAGUUCUUCCGUUGACUCAGCCUCCUCGGCGUCGCCGGGUUAAUCCAAGUAUCUUCUCAACCUCAAUAGACUCCUGACUUCAAUGAUGACCAUUGACUCUUCUUCGACUCGGGUCGUAAUAUAAAAUCUUAUUUUCAUGCGCAGGGCCUCAGCUGUACUGGUUUGUCGUAGUUUUGCGACAUCAAGCCGUCUUGUACGUGAGAAUUUGGGUGCAAGAAUUAGUCCAUAUGACUGUCGUCUGAAUAGCGGGUCAUCAGACGUUUGUGGCGAUACUAGAAGCACGUGAAUGGGAAUUUUACGCGUAUACUCCGCUGAAGUGGACGCCUUUCAGCCUAAAUAUUCGCAUCAACUUUCGGACAGAGCCUGUUAGGAUUUGUCCUAAAGGUUUACUUUCUGAUGAAAUUAAAAAAAGCUUAAGUCACUAGUUUGUUAAAUUCGUGGUCUACCCUAGAGAAUAGUGAACUACUUCAACCGUCUUUAAAUGUCCAGGUUAUUCUGCCUGCGUGCUCUCCUCAAUCUUUAGAUCGAACUUUUGAAGCGGACUGUGCUCAACCGUGUAGCUGGAUCACCCCCUUCCGAAUUUUAGACAGCAACAUUCAGCUAGGCAUAGUAUGUAAUUUUUUCAAUGUUACUCAAUAGCCAAACAUUGUCAGGCUGCGGUUUGGCACAAUGUGCGCGCCGCUCAACGAGUGUUUAGCAGAUUCAAGCAUGCGUACAUUCAAAUACAAAGUUUCAUUGACCAUAAAUGUCACCUGCUACCCACAAACGUGAACUGGAUUAUUAAAAUCCCCGGCAGGCAGUGGAUUUGAGAGAGCUAUUAGCAAGGGCUAAAAUCCAGCUCAUCGUAAAUUAUCGUUCAAUGUGGUGUGCUGUGCUGGGAGCCAAUGUGUGUUCCGUCCUGUGGAUUAGAUGAAAGGGGCUCGCUGGAACGUGAACCUUGCCCACCCAAUGUUUUUAGUUACUUAUGAGAAUUCCCAUGUAUUUUAAUAAUACUUAAAAGGAGCUCGAAAAACCGCCAUUGUGACUGUCGUUAUUAGCCUACUAAUGCUUUAGCCUAUGUAGCCCACCUAGUCUUUGUUGUGAAGUUUGUCUACUUAUUCUGCUUAGGCAGGUAUGUUUCGGCAAAGUUAGCGCAACUGUAACGGUAAUAUUAGCGGUUAGGGCAGGAAUAAGGAUCUUGAGAUUAGAAUUGAGGUUGGAAUCUGGGUCAGGAGUUUAAGGUUAGGGUUGGUCUUUGGCCCUUAAGGUUGAGGUUAGGGUUUUAAGAUUGGAGUUAGGGUUAGAGGUUUGAAGCUAGGAUUGGGGCCGUAAGGUUCGGGUUAGGGUUACGUUGAGGUUAGAGUCUUAAGGUUGGAAUUAGGGUUAUGGUUUUCACGUCAACAUUAAGGACUCGGUUUUUAAGAUUAGCAUUAGACCUAGUGUUCUAACAUUGGGGUUUUAAGGUUGCCUUUGGGGUUAGGGCUAGGGCCUCAAGGUCAGGUUCAAGGAUCAAGGCUUGGGUUAAGGUUUUAACAUUAACUUUAAGGUUUAAGAUUAGCUCACGAAAAUGCGCCUAAUGGGUCGUGACUGCUAUGUCACAGAUGCCAACUGUGCCAUAUGUCUUGGGAUUGACCAUGGUCAACUCACGAAGUCACUCCUAGCGGAUCCCAUCUUGACUGCCAAUUGGCCUUUACAGCUUUUGUGAACGAUUUUCUCUUUUUCUUCCCUUAUUUUUCACGUCUUAUAUGCCCUGCUAUCGCUUUAUUUUUUCUCGAUUUUUUCACCCCUCGGUCUUUUAGUUGCGUUUACAUUGAUUUCAGUUUCCCAACUGCUUGCGAUUAGACUAGUCAGCCAAUUCCGUUUCUCCAUACAUUUUAAAUUGCGUGCUUAAGUUUUCGCUGGCUUGGACAAAAUAAUGACUUGAAUGAAAUUUCUUGCAUUUCUUCGUGGAGUAUGCUGUCUACCGCCUCCUUCGGACCGGCCCAUAAAACCCCUAAUACCACCCUUCCCGCACCAUAGGCGUCCUUUCCCUUUCAUGAGUGGACCCGCAUACGAUACCGUUGCCAGUUACUUUUCCUUCACGCCACGCUACCCCAUUACUUGGAUUGUUGGAUCCGAUUCUUUUCUGUCCAGAUGCAGGGGCUUGUAUAAUUUAACCACCCUGACCGGUAAUCUUUUAUUACUUUAAUAGGGCCUCCACCUCUGGGAUUUGGAGUCGCUUGGGAUGCUGCAGCAAUUUGCCGGAUUCAAGCAGGACAUCUACAAACUGACCUCCACAAUAGGCGGGAUAAAUGAGGAUUUUGUGGCUAGCGGAAGUGAAGGUAUAUCUCCUGAACUCUCUUUCGCUCGCAUAAUUUUUUAAUUCACGUGCCGUCGUUUGUUUACCUGCUUUUUCCCUAUUGCCUGAAGUUUCAGACUAUCUCGAAACAACUGGUGUUUGGUCGUUCACCGAUCAACUUUUGGAGCAUUCUGGUCGCGUUGCAUCUUGAGGCUAAUCUAUAGCCUUCGCAGGAAGUCGCAUAGCGACAAGUGAUGAUAUAAAAAGAAUACCGACAAGGGAGACUUGGAUGGCCAUUUCCGGCUUGCUUGUCGUCGUCAGCUAACCAUACCCAACUCCAGGCUUUCAGGACAUGGACUUCGAACCCAGAUCCUUCGGUCAUUGAGGGUUUUAUAAGUCCGACGCUACAGCAUUGAACAAUGGGAUCGUUGUACUUCCGGUUUCGAUCGCAAAUAAUGACUAUGAUGGGAGGGCGUUCACAGAUUAGCUUGCGUGGCAUGCCACUCCUGUUGCGCAUUGGGUACGACUGUCUGACGACGGUUAAGAACACAGAUAUGUCCAUCCCACUCCCCCUUCGUCGGCAUUCCCUUCUAAAUCUCGAACUAACUUCUGACCGCCUUUUUGACCCUAUUCUUCCACAGUUUUAACUCAUUUACAUGACCUUCUGGCAAAAAAAGAGCAAACAUCUAGGAACGGAAGCUGCCGUCUUAUUGCUGGGGACACGUUACUCAGCUUCUGGUGACAUUCAACUUUUUUACCUUGGUAUAGUCAGGAGGGUGUCGUCUACACGGCGAAGGCAAAUUCUUGAUUUAAGACCUCGGAUAGGGUUCAUCGAUCAGGUUGCGGUACGGAGCAUGCUUGUCCCGUCUCGUUUUCGGGCUCCAAUACAGAACUCCAAGGCAGUCGCACAUCAACAAGUAAUGUUUCAGAAGAGAUCAUGAUAAAAACGAGGCAGAUUGGAAUAGCUAUUCCGGACUUGUUAUCCGUCGUCAGCCAGGCGUUACCUCAACCCCACGUUUUAAUUUGUAGGGACCGAACCCGAAUUCUGUCACUGAAUGUUAAGUCCAGCCCCCUAUCAUCAAAGCACGUGGCAGUUCUUCUGUCGGUCGACAUCAGAAGUAUUAAUUAAUACAGCCGGGACGAUGUGUUUUUCCCGUCUGGUGAACUCUUCCUUUUGUAAAAAAACAAAUCCGAGGUCGUUGGGAGGCAAUUGAAAGACAUCAAACAUGCGUAAAAAGGAAGCCUGUAUUUAUUCUGCGCACCCAGAUGGUACGCCCCAAGAGCAGGAUUAGCUUCUUCGAAAAUUUUGAUGCAUUCUAUAGUGGCCGAAUUGGAAGCCUCUUCCUACCUGUAUAUGAAUACCAUCUAUCCAUAGGGAGACGUACCUAUCGUUAGUAGUCGUGCGUACAACAAUUCGACCGUCGCAACUAACGAUGUCCACCAUGUGUUUCCCAGAAAGUUAAGGCUGGCACGUGAACCCUUUUAUGGUGAAAAUAGAUUCGCGCACCGUCCACCACACUCUCCUUCUACCGGAGCCCGGUGUCAAGACAUAGUCAAGAGAUCAGGAGGCGGGGGAGGGCGCAGGUGGCUGACAUGGCCGGAUCCACACCUAGGCGUACAACCACACCUUUGGUCUAUAGCAGACAAAACACUUGACCAGGAUUAUAACCGACCACAGCACCACAACGGCAUAGAAAGAGGAGGAUGACUGGCCAGCCAUGCUCAUGACCUGUAUACCCAGUGAAAGCGCAAACGCAUCUACCGGCAGGAAACUGCUAGCGUACACCAGGCUGCGAGAGCCACGGUUUGCUGAACCAUAGCAUAGCAGACGUUCGUAAACCUUAAGGCUCAGAAGGUGGACACAUAGCCCUGCACUGGUUGUAGCUUACCUUGAGCCCCCCUGCGUAGCUGUAGGCGAAUCCUCAUCUUGGAGAUGACGAAGCGAUUGUCAGUCCACUCGUCAGCACCCGGGAUCGCCAUUGUCAUCAGCACAUCCUGCUGGUCUCGUCUCCGGACGAGGACAGUCCAGCAGGUACCAGUACCGCGAGCGAGGCUGCACCCUGAUCGCCUUCUCCCGCGUCGGUAGGCCGGAGAAAGUGUUGAUCAAAAUGAGGCGGUAUAUUGCGCAGGAUCGCAGGAAGAGUAGGCCUUUGUCAUUGAAACCGCGGAGACCAUGGGGGCCCAGCACUCCCCUCCGGGCAGCAUGGUCUGUGUCGACGCGUGCGAUGAAGUCAUCAAGGACAAUCAGCUUAUUUACGGCAUAUUCGCCAGAAGAGUAUGCAGGUCUUCGUAGAAUUUGUUCCUUGCAGCAUCAGGGCUUGCCUUCAGGGGGGGGGGAGGCGUAGAAACUGACGAUGGUGGCGAACUUGCCUUCUCGGGGAGGCAGGCGGAGGCUUAUUAGGUGAUCGUCCCACAACUUCGUGCCGGAUGGCAAAGGCGACGCCCGCGAGCCGUCGUUCUACCCUGGGGCGAUCGCUCCAAAAGUAGGUGUUGCCGGCACCAACCUACUCUAGUUGGCUUUGUUCGGAGAAGCGGGUCUCGCUGAGUGCAGCGAUGUCAACUUUGUAGAGCGCCAGUUCCCGAGCCACUAGCGCCGUUCUCCGUUCCUGUCGGUUGGUCUUCGGAUUGUUUAGUAUUACCGUGUGUGGAGAUACGCACACGGAUACCUUCAUCCGGCUUAGCGCGCCGGUCGAGGCAGUUACCGAGGUGGGCCGCUGAGCAGAGCCUAGCUUCGAGGAGUCACGUGUUAGAAUUGGGUGCCAGUUUUUGGACGCUAUGCGUAGUCAACACCUUCAAGUAUGUGAGCGACCCACUACGACCAGUACUUUGACCUACAACUGGACACCCCUUUACCCCAGUAAUGCGUACAUUGGAUACGAGAUGCACAUUUUUAUAGGAACUAUCGUCCAUGGUGCCAACCCAGCAAUGCAGAGCUGCGAAUUCCUCGACGUAUCACCCCCUAGAUAAGACGUGCUCAAUAGGCAUAUCGAUUACUAUGUCACAUAUAUUUGCGGGGAGUAAAUACUGACGAAGGCAAGGGAGACUGAGAUAGCCAUUUCUGGCUUAUUAGCCAUCGACACCACACCAAAUCCAGAUUCCAGGUUUGGAUAACAAGACGCUUAGGUUGUCUGACGUCAGGUCCAACGCUCUACCACUAAGCCACGGGUCCUUCCUGUCAAUCGUGAUAGGAAACGAACAUGUUACGUGUUGCAGACUGAUCGGCUAACGGCCUUCGCACGCUAAUUAAUAUUUCCGUCUAUAAAUUACAGGGAAACAGGUCCAUGGCCCUGGUAAUUUAACCCUUAAUGAUCAAAGCACCCGACUUAUCCACACCUAGGGUUGAGGUACGAACGACUCACAAUAGCCAAUAAUACAGAACUGGCCAUCCCAGUCUCCUGAAGCCAACUGGCGUACGGCCUUAUAAUUAUUGGGCAGACUAUGUGUAAAAGCUGUUAUUCUAUAGUUAGUAAUGUUUUCUUUGCUUUGCCCUCAGACGGUUUUCUUCACCUUUGGCACCUCUCCUCUGGCGCUCGUCCCAUAUAUUCUGCAAUGGCGGCCACCGGUGAGCACCCAGUCACAUGCGCUAACUGGAAUCCGGCGCUUCCCACUAUGUUGGCCACCGUAAAUGAUGAAGGCGAGAUACGCAUCUGGGCUCCAGCCAGUAAGCAUUUGUUAUUUAUUUUUCUUUGUCCCCCUGUUUCUUAUUGCAUUUCCCAUGUUGUUGGAAUUAUAUUGAUCCCCUCGUCUCCCACUCAGAACACAGCUUAAAUAUUCCUCCAGGCUUUCUCAUACUUUUAUCCGCCACCCUCUAUCAUCCUCUCUUGACAACCAAUUGACCCAAAUAAUGUCACCUACAAACCUCCUGUGAAUUCUGCUCUAGCAAGGGAGACCGUAGCCUGACAUGGCUGAAGAAUUACGGAGUGCUAAUUCACGGUUGCCAUUAAAAACUAGAACGCUACCACAUAGAGAUGGACCAAUCUAAAUCUCACCUCUGUUCAGCUGCCGGUGAAAAAUCGAAGGAUAUUGCGCUGACCAUUCUCACACACGCUUUGAAAGUACGUGUCAAAAGAGAUAAAGAAUUAUCUAUGAGACUGGAAAAACUUUGAGUACCAAACUCGGACAACUCGUCCGGCGUCCUUGUCCGUAACCUUUCAUCUUAAUCCCUCACGAGCACACAGCCCGCAGUCCUUGAGCGUGGAGUUACUUUCAGUACAACAGAUGCCGCACCCACAGACUUUAUUGCUGCCUUCGAAUCCGUUCUUCAGUUAACAAAGGCAUCCGAAGAGACGGAAGAUUUGAUCCAUCAAACCUCCUCGUUGCUUAUGCGACACAGGAGACGCAAAGCUCUUAGCAAUGUGGAACAGCUAGCACUAAAAAUCCUAAAAGCAAACAAGGACAUAAUUAUUCCGCCAGCUGAUAAAGGACGUUCCACAUUCGUGAUGGAGAAACUGGAUUACCAGAACAAAAUACAAGACAUACUCGAAGACCAGCACCCCUGUAAACAGUGCUGUACAGCGAAAUGAAAAAUCUAGUUACCCGAAUAAACAAAAGCCUAAGAAAACUCAAGGCCGAAGGAGCAAUUACGUCCAACGACUGGUUCUUCAUGAGAUCCAGUGAUUCCGCUACGGCUCGUUUUUACGGUCUGCCGAAGGUACACAAAGAGACUGUCCGACUGAGACCAAUCGUAUCCCUUCGAAACACUCCGACGUACGGUUUGGCGAAGUGGAUGUUCGGUCGUCUUAAUUUUUUUGGCCGAUGGCUCACCAACAACGGUAUCAUCUGCGAACCAAUUCCUCGAACGCAUAAAACAUCUGAAGUUAGAGCCAAACGAAUCCUUGGUAUCCUUUGAUGUCGUUUCGCUCAUCACCUCCAUUCCACAGCAGCAAGCGAUAGGCGUUGGCACCAACUAAUGGCUGUGCGGUAUGAGGAGAGGGACAGGCCUCUGAAGUCCGAACAUCUGCUCGGGCUUCUGCAACACUGCCUCAAGACCUAUUUCAGUUUUGUGGAAAAAUGUACGAACAAAUUAAGGGCGCUCCUAUGGGCUCCCCUGUCAGGCCUAAUUGCUGAAGUAGUUCUUCAACAGAUAGAGUACUUAGCGUUCACAAAUUACCAACCCAAGUUCUGGGCUCGCUAUUUCGAUGACACCGUCCUUGUCAAAAUAACUAACAUUGAAUACCUAAAAGAACUACUGAAGUCGGUUGACCAGGACAUCCAAUUCACGAUGGAAGCAGAAACAAACCACCAACUGCCCUUCCUUGACCUGCCGUGCGCUGGGGUACAAAUGAACAACUGAAUACCACAGUAUUCAAAAAAUCCACCGACACGAGGCAAAUCCCACACUUCGACAGCAAUCACCAUGUCUCAUAAACGUAGCUGUAUCCGAACACUAUUUCAAAGAGUCGAAACAAACUGCAACACGCCCGAAGAUAAAAGUGCCGAACCUCUUUGCAGUCAGUGGUUAUUCCAGACAUUUUAUCGACAGAGGCAGGCGCCAAACGCACAGACUACGACCCAAUGAGCGGCAACCUGAAGUCUGGAGAGCUAUUGUCUACGUUAAAGGGGUCUCCCAGGGGGUGUCUCGAUUGUUACAACCCGCCAGAGUGGGCAUAGCCGAUCAACCGCAGGCAACACUACGGCGCUGUCUGAUGCAACCUAAGGACACACUACCACCCGCUGAAAUCUCACAAGUUGUCUACAAAAUAAAUUGCAAUGAGGGCGACUGAGACUAUGUUGGGAAACUGGGUGGAAAUUGCGGACCCGCCUACAAGAACACAAAUCGGCUACUCGGAGGCUGGACCCAAACUCAACCAGCAACGCACGUUGGAGAAACUGGACGUACUUUUGAUCUCCAGAGAGCUGCCAUCUUAGGCCGAGGCAACACAAAAGCAGAACGGCUAACACUCGAGGCUUGGUACUCCGGCGCCAACUCCAUCAACAGGCAUCCGGACCGUCCUGCAGCCUAAAAAAGUCCUACGUCAUCACGUCCGUAGAGCUCAGGACUAAGUAACCCCACCGGACUUACGAAGGCCAUACAUAGACAGGCCGACGUCGAGUCUACCCGGCGAGAAAGAAGAACCACCAGACCGACCACUUGACGAAGCGGUGACACACAAAGCACACACAUAAAACGCCCGCCAACCAUCCCAAGAGGCCGAAGCAGCGAGAGAGGAGAAAAAUCUAUCAGCAUGAGGCCGACCGGCGCGGCAUGCCACUUUAAAUUUAUGGUCGGUUAAGUGCACUUUACGCUUUGAAAAUGGGGGGCCGACCAAGCUCUUCAGAACCUCAGUGCCUAAACAAGCCCGUCCCUGUGAGCCCAUCUUCUUGUUAUAUUCGUCAAUCCGGAUCACUCAACUUUCCCAAUUUGAUAAUUAUGGCCUUUGGAUUGAGGAAUGGGCUCUGAUAUUAGCGCACCCCUUAUUCUUUACCGCAUCCUUUACCACUGCAUGUUUGGGUUUCGUUUUUUGAAACCCCAUUCUCCCCUACCGCUCCAUCAGGCAGGGCACCCGUAAUAUUUGAAAAGGGUGGCGCAACCAUCUACUUCCUUGGGCCUUUUUGAAACCUGAUUCUUUAAGUCUCAGCCUGCCUAUUGGACUGUUUGCCAACGCGCAAGACAUCGACAGCAAGAAAAACCUGUUCGAUUGUAGUUUAAUAGGCGUCAAGUCUCGUAAAAUCUAGAAUUCCCAGAGGUACCGUCUGGUGGGAAACAAUUACUGAAAUGUGAUUGCAAUGCUAAUAAGCUCGGAAUACAGUGUCUAAUCGACUCAUUCAGGAUAUCAUGCUGCUUCCAUCGACGGCCAUCCUAGCCAUCUAUGCCAAUCUCACUCGGACGAAAAGACACUGCUGUUGUAUGUUCUUGCCAUUAGUUUUUGUCAGACCAUUGUCAUUCGCAGAUAAAAACUAUUAUAAUGUAAUAGAGCCCCCAGGAUGGAGUUUUGUUUGAGUGAGUGGAGGCCGGACCGUAAGGUGGACAUGGCUUAUGGCGUGUGUUAUGGUGUCAGAUUAGUCUCAGAAAUAAUUUUGUAAUCUUCGUAAUCAAACUACCGAGUCAGAUUAUUAAAAUUUUGUUUCGGUUGACAGUUGAAUAAACAGUUGAAUCUUUGGUCCACGUACUUUUAUGCUCGUACUGAUUGUUGUGCGAUGUUGGUACAGUGUGAUGGGAUUAUGAAACCGACGUGUUUUGAAAUGACAGAAGAAAAUCAGAGCGGCGUUAGCAAGGACAAGGACUUCGUGAAUUCUCAGUCCCCAAACCAAGGAUUCAUGGGUGUCACAAUAAUCCUCAUAAACCAUUUGUAGGAAUUUACGUCUUCUGGUCUAUUGUUUGGAAACAUAAAAUAUUUUAGUUCUAAAAUCACCACUAUUUCCGAUGUCCCUUGAAGCACGAUCUGAAUGUUACCCGAGGGUAACAUUUGUUUUAUUUGGGUAUGAAAGGACGCCUUAAACCUUGAAUGCACCUGGAACAACUGGCAUGUCCUGAGAUCAGAACUACCGUGUCUGUGGAUAUCAGCAUAAUUGAGCAUUUGAGGAAUCGUCUCGGCCUAAAGUAACUUAGUGAUAAGAUUCUGCUCUUGAGUUCAUGCGUUUGAAAGAACUUGAUUCCAGUGAAUAAAGAGUGGAGUAAUGUGUUAAGUAACAAAGUGGACCUACUUCAAGUCUCCGCAACAACUUUAAGGAGAACUAGCCGACUUCAGGAAAAUUAGUUAGAUUCAUACAGUGGCGAGACGUGGUACAUAAAUAAUGAGUUUUUACUGGAUAAAGUCAACAUAAAUGGCUGGUAAGGCCGUCGAGAAGAACCAGCACGUCGAAGUGGAUGACUUCACCCGAAGUUAUACUCUCUGUUUACCGGUAUUGCAACUCCACUCCAGUAGUCCUUUACGUUCAGUAGCGCUAUUCACGGACGCAUCGGAUAGUUAACAACCAGGCAAGCGGAUCUAUGUAUUAUCUAAGUCCAGCAAUCAGUACUGAUCAUAAGUCCAGUUUAUUCCAGCUCUUUACCUACCGUGGGUUCUCUUAUGGCUGAAUAUGAAUAGCACGCCGAGUUGAAAUUGCACAUCCAGCCCCCCCUGUUAAUUACUGCGCACCGUGAAACGCAUGUACAGUAAUAUCCCGAGGAUUCGCGCUUCGGAAUCUGUGGCUUUAUUUGUUUGCAUACUUUUUGUCUUGGAGCCCAACACUUAAACUUCACAUAGCAUUCAGCGUCCCACAGAAAAUGCGCAUUUCCAACAUCCUCGAGGGGUCUUGACGUUCGACCGAUCGCAGCCAACUCAGGCCUCUCUACAUGUGGCUGCAAUAUGGACCCUGAUGUUUAUGAACUUGGCCGCGGGCAACCACGUUCCUCGGCCUAAGCGACAUACCAGCCUUUCAGGGAAACCUCGCGAACUCGCUUGCUUGACCAAAAGAUAGCCUUGUCCGCGUGGAGUGUUUUAAACACCAUGUAAGCCGUUUCGAGCAGUCCACCGACCUCCAAGUUACCGGUGACUAGCCACUUCCACCAAAACCACUAUUUUCGACCUUUACUGACCGCACACUGGCGUCAAAGUCGCGGACGAUCCUUGUCAUCACCCUUUAUAUUUUACUAAGAAUUUCAAAAAUUCGAACUGGCUAUGGACUAAUUAGUAGGAGACCGGAAUUUCUGUGUUUCUUGAUUAAACUCAUGCUGUACGUCUUAAAACUGAGGGCGUUUAUGCACAAGUUCUCUUUGGUGAUGGUCGUUUCGAAGCAUCAAAUUGGUGAAACGUCUUGAUGCCCUCUCGAGAGCGCACAUAUUCAGUGAGAAAUAGAUAGUUUCUAGUGACUAGAUGACGUUCAGUUCUACCGAGCAUUUCGAGAUUUUCCAAUAAACAACCAAUUUUAAAACUUUCCGACCCUGCCUGAUAUCAAAAAAUACGAGGGAGCGACAUCUGAAAGGUGUCUAAAGGGCAGGUGGUCACAUCAUAAUCACCACUUUUAAAUUCAUGAGAUGUGUAUCUAUUCUAUUUUUAAUUUCAGAGUACGUUCCUGGAUGUGCCUAG